UCGGCAACUGUUGCGUGUUUCACGGAGCAGUAACGUGGUUUUGCAAAGCUUGAUUGUUCAAGUGUUUGUAGAACGAGUCUACACAACGCAGGAGCUUUUCGAAAUGAAGUGUUUUUGACACACAAUCAGGAGCAGCAGUGUCAUUUAAGGGUAGCCUCACUAGUCUGUAGACUACUAAAGCUACGGAAUAUGUGUUUCACAUACAACGCUCUCCGCUAAGAAGACGAUUCAAAAAACACUUUUACCCACCAAUUUUUUGUUUUAUUCUAUGCCAUGGCGAGUGACUGUUUAUCCCUGCUGCCUUCUGUCUGUGAAGUCCUAGCUAAUCCUAAACUUCUGCUGCCUGAUGAUACCUCUUUGGAGAAGCUUCUGGACUGGUUCAGAGAGUUGAUGAGUCAAAGUUAUGGCAAGCAUAUUAUCCGGCAUCAACCAUCUCUCUUGCAGUUCUUACUUAGUGUGACAACGUCUGAAGCAAUAGAUCCCACUGUCUUUUCAUUCGCCCUUAAACUCACUGGGCUUCUGGCAUCUAAAGAGGACAGUUUCAACUUACUAGAGGAGAGAGGAAUGUUACUGUAUAUGUUUGAGCCAGAUAACUGGCAUAAACUAAACCUUUGGAAAAAUGCCUCCGUACGUUGUGGGUGGCUGCAAGGACUGUGGAACAUGCUGCAACACCAACAAGCCAUGGACUUUUUCUGUAAGAGAGAGCUUGUUAAGCUGGUCCUGUAUCUUCAAAAUGACGAAAGCCUCUUCAUUGCCUCUUUGACCAAUCAAGUUUUAGCACACUUUUUAAAUUCCACUGUGUUAAGCAACAAUUUUGAGAGUGUGGCACAAAGCUCUCCUGUCAGCACUGACUGGGCCUCAGUUACGACAGAAGUAAUGAUCCAUGUGGCGAAGUCAUUAGCCUCAGAGGAACAGGCUGUUGUCCUCUCAGGCUUAAGGCUGCUUGCCGUAGUUCUUGCCCAAUGCAGUGAACCUCUGAAGGAAAUGCUGUGGACACAUGUUCUGGAACCUCUGGAGGUACUAGCAAACCUGCAGGAGUGCUCAUUAACUCAGCAUAUCAUGGCAGUUCUUCAAGUUUCUGCAAGGAGUCCUCUUUUCAUCAAACCAGAGUGUAGAGUGGAGGCACUGAUGGAAACCAUGUUGUGUUCAAGAAAUACAAACACAUCUGUGCAGUGUGCGGCGCUAAUCCUACAACUAGAGAACUGCCCUGAGACUUUAGAAAGGAAAGCAAUAGAUGUCCUCCUCCAUCCUCUGCUGUUUGUCACUUCAUGCUCUCUUCAGCCUCAUGGACCAGAUUAUGAUUCACUCUUGGAGGAACAACUAACGCAGAGAAUAUCCUGUGUCCCCCUGAUUACUCAAAGUCUGUCCAGCAUAGCAGAUCUUGUGUGCAAGAGACCCUUGGAUGAUAUUCCUGUUCGACUGAUCACUUUGUCUGUGAUAUCACUUCUGAGGAUAUGCCUUGGUCAUCACCCCACCACUUUACAAAAAGCUGGGAUCUAUUCUCAUCUUAUUGGCUGCUGCAAGAUACAGAGGUGCAGUCUGGAUGUGUUGGGAAGCCUUGCUGCCUGUAAAGAGAACGUGGACACAAUUCAUGAGGCGCUUGCAGUUCUUCUGCUGUAUCUGCAGUGUCCUGAUGUGCAUGCCACAGUCUUGAAGAAGGCACAUCAAGCCACUCUUAAAUGGUUUAGCUUAUGUUCACCUUCCACUGAUUUAUGGAAGAAUGUCCAUCAUGACCUCUUCCCUUUAUUGAAAAAGCAUGUGUGUGAUGGACGAUGGGAAGUGAGAGAUUCCACUCUCGAAUUUAUUAUGCAGCUCACCGCUACACUCAAAGGCAAUAGUAAAUAUGCUGAAGCUCUCCAUGAUUGUGGCAUGGUCUCAGUGCUGUUCACAUCAUUGUCAGAUGUAGAGGGCUAUGUCCGAGCAAGUGCAGUGGCUGCUCUAGGGGAGGCAUUAACUACAACUGACCUGCAACUCUCUACUAGCCUGCAGGAGGAAGCUGUUAAACAUCUGAUGACCAUUCUCACUGAAGACACUGACAGCUUCCCCCGUCGUGCUGUAGUGAAGGUCUUCACAUCAUGGCUGAAAAGCACCCUUGUUUUUACUGCAUUAGACCACACUCUGAGUUCAGUAUUGUCACUGGGUAGCAACGACUUUGACUGGGAGGUGAAACUUCAUACCCUGGAGAUAGCAGAUGUGUUGAUGGAUUCCUUAUUAAAUCGCUGUCCAUAUUCCGUCCAUACCUUCCAGUCUUCUGAAAGGACAUGCAUAAAGCAAGCACUAAACAAGCUGAUGGUUUUAGGGCUGUUUGAUUUGCUGUUAAAAUGCUUAUUUGAAUGUGACAGACCUGUCUCUGAGAAAGCCUGUGCACUCUUGCUGAAGCUCAGAACAUUUAUGAGGGAGACCUUCAGUGCUGGCCAUAGUGAUCUUACCCUUGAAAUAAGCAGGUGUAGUUGGGGUGAGGAAAUGCUUCAAAGAUGCUAUAAGAAACAACAGGCAGAUGAGUCUAAUUGUGUGAAAAAUGGAGAUCAAGAUGCAGAUCCUGACUUGCCAAAAAAGGUGGGUCUUUUUGAGUUAUUAGAAUUAUUAGAUCUUGAAGACAUGCAGUAUAUUUUAUCACUUAGUAGUGAUCAUGUGAUCAAUUCACCUCAAUCUGUAAUGGAAGACAUUCUGUUUGUAGCACAGCAGAGUGAAGAAAAUGUGGUAGACUGCUAUUAAGGAUGUGCAUUUAAUAUUAAAGGGCAUGUCAUUGGUCAGGAAAUGGGGCAUGCGUGAAGCUGUUUGCACAGGGCAUUUCAAAAGUUUUAGAAAAGCAAAAGAUAGAAGAGAGGAUACACUUAUAUAUCAGGUUGAUAAUAGUACUAAUAUUGCACUUUUGAAGCGCAACAGCUAUGGUGAAGAUGUACGUGCAAUGUACAGUUGUUACCUGAUCUGAUUCUGAAAAUGUUCAUACUACAUCAUGACUUUUACUAACUGCCAAAACUAGGUAACAUAAGACUAGAAAUUUUAACUUCAUUUGUGCUUGAUGAUGCUGGUGCUCAUUCUGUAUAAAAUUGGCCUGAAAAUGUAGUCCUUUUUGACAACUUUCCUGAGAACAGAACUGGAUAUUUUCUUGGAUUUCUGCCAUUUUUGUAAUUUCAGUGUUUUGUUUUGUGUGUGUGUGUGUGUGAGAGAGUGAGAGAGAAAUGGAUGUAUUGGCACAUUGGCAAUGGUUAAUAUGCCAGUAAAAUUGUUCCAAAGUGUUGAGCUUAAAAAUGAGAAAAUAAAUAGCAAAAAAUAGAACAUUGA